AUGGGACAAGGUUACUCCCUCACAACCCUGUCGGCGGGGUCGGCGGGGAUCGAUGUACCUGAGCUAUCUGAGCUGGUGUACGAGAAGUCGAUGGGAGGGGGCAGGUUCAUGAAGAGUAUUCGAGCCAAGCAGCAGAAUGGCUUGGUCUUUGUGAAGGUCAUCAUGAAACCUUUCCCCACCAUGGAACUUGAACCAUACAUCAAAGCAAUUAUGAGGGAGCGCAAGCUAUUGUCAGAUGUUCCCAACGCGCUGAGCUACCAGCGGAUUCUUGAAACCGGGACGAGUGGAUAUCUGGUGCGUCAGUACAUCCACAGCUCUCUCUACGAUCGAAUGAGCACACGACCAUUUCUAGAGCAUGUUGAGAAGAAAUGGAUCGCAUUUCAGCUCUUAUGCGCUCUCCGAGAUUGCCAUUCUCUGGAUAUCUACCACGGUGAUAUCAAAACGGAAAAUGUACUGGUGACAGCCUGGAACUGGCUGUAUCUUUCCGAUUUCUCCUCGUCAUUCAAGCCAACUUUUCUUCCAGAGGAUAACCCCGCAGACUUUUCUUUCUUCUUCGACAUAUCCGGCAGGCGAACGUGCUACUUGGCCCCCGAACGUUUCUCCGUCGCUGGCGAGGAGCCAAGCGGCAGUGGAGUCAAUUGGGCAAUGGACAUUUUCAGUGCUGGCUGCGUUAUUGCAGAAUUAUUUCUUGAAUCGCCUAUCUUCAACCUGAGCCAAAUGUACAAAUACCGCAAAGGAGAAUACAGCCCAGUGCACAGUCAAUUGGCAAAGAUCGAAGAUCCAGAUAUACGUGACUUGAUUCUCCACAUGAUCCAGCUUGAGCCUGAAUCGCGAUACUCUGCGGAUGAAUAUCUGAGUUUCUGGAAGGGGAAGGCCUUCCCGGAAUACUUCUACAGCUUUCUUCACCAGUACAUGUCGCUGAUGACCGAUCCCUCAUCCGGCCGACCAGAUGCUCAAGAAGACACCGCCAAUCGCGGAGAGGCAGAUGAACGGAUUGAGCGUGUAUAUCUAGACUUUGACAAGAUAUCCUAUUUCCUCGGUUCCAGCACCCGUGGCGUUGGAGGGCCGUCCGAUAUACCUGUCCCCAAACUGACUGGCAAUACUCUUCCUGUGAGAGUUGACCUACCAGACGGAUAUAUCCAAAAGACGACUCCAUCACGACCCGACGAAGGUGCCCUGAUAUUUCUCACGCUGGUAGUUUCCAACUUGCGUAACACAGCCAAGGCUUCAGCUCGCAUCAAAGCUUGUGAUAUUCUCCUUGCUUUCGCAGAAAGACUGUCGGACGAAGCGAAACUGGAUCGCGUGCUUCCAUACAUCAUGAUUCUGCUGACUGACCGUACUGAUACCGUCAAAGUCGCUGCGAUCCGCACUUUGGCUCAACUUCUCGAAAUGGUUCAAGUUGUUUCCCCAGUCAACGCCUAUCUCUUUUCCGAAUACAUCUUCCCCAGGCUCCAACCCUUUGUGACCACCUCCAACUACAACCCCAAUAGUCUGGUGCGUGCAGCGUAUGCUUCGUGCAUUGCAUCUCUGGCCCAGUCUUCCUUGCGUUUCUUGGACAUGAUCCAGUCGUUGCGCUCCGAUACUCGCUUGGCUGCAUUGAUCCCGGUUGGAUUUGAACCCCGGUGGUCCGAAGACGCGACCUACCAUAACCUUUACGACGUGGCUCGAGUCGACCUUUUGGAGCACUUUGAAGUUCAUACCAAAGCCCUCUUGACAGACACGGAUGCCUCCGUUCGGCGUGCCUUUCUUGGAUCGGUGUCUAGCCUUUGCGUCUUCUUCGGGAAUCUCAAGGCUAAUGAGGUUGUCCUGAGUCACUUGAAUACGUACCUGAAUGACCCAGACUGGAUUCUCAAAUGUUCCUUUUUCGAGGCCGUGGUCGGUGUCGCAGCCUAUGUGGGAAGCCUCAAUCUAGAGCUGUACAUACUGCCACUGAUGGUUCAAUCAAUGACAGAGCCCGAGGAAUUUGUCGUUGAAAGAGUCAUCCGAUCGUUGGCAGCAAUGGCGGACCUUGGGUUAUUCCAGCGACCAACGACGUGGGAUUUGCUGCACACUGUUGCCGGGUAUUUGGUGCAUCCAAAUUUCUGGAUUCGAGAAGCCGCGGUUAAAUUCGUUGUGAACUCCGCCAAGUUUCUGUCAAUCGCAGAUAUACACUCCAUCCUUACACCAAUGAUUCGGCCAUUCCUGAAGAUUCAAAUCACAUCCUUUUCUGAAAUCCGCAUACUCGAUGCACUGAAACGACCAAUCUCGCGGAACCUGUAUGAAAUGGCUUUUCAGUGGGCCUCGAAAACCGACCGGGGUGUUUUCUGGAAAUCCACCAGUCGAGACAGCAUGUUUGGCUUAUCUGAGCCCGGGACCUUCAGUGCUCGAGUUGGGCAACGAAACCCUGCUUUGACGAUGGCCGGCCAACAGCGGAAUGAAGAAGAUGAGCAAUGGCUGGGUCGCCUCAGGAACCUUGGGAUGACCGUUGAGGAUGAGUUCAAGCUGCUUACACUCAAGGAUUAUAUCUGGAGGGUCUCUGUGCGACAAUCUAGGGAGGUUGGCGAUCAUGUCUCUCCCUCAUUGAAUGACAUUGUCAGUUUGACUCAACACGGCAUCAAGCCCCAAACCGUGUUCUUUGAUAAAGAGCUGAGAGACCAACCGCGAAGGGUGUCACUGGAUGGGAAUGAGGGGGGCGCUCUCGAUGAUACUAGACCAAGGACCAUCGCAGAUGCCCUGCUCGACGCUUCUACUACUAUUGAACGAAACCCCACUCUUCAUCGGAAACACCUCCGCUCGAAGAGCCAUGCCUCAAAAGACCAGAGAAGAUCCUCGGGAGUUCCUAUACUGGACGGGAAUGAGUCAUCUCCGCUCUCAUCGUCCCCACUGGCGUCAUCGCCUGCUACGAGAUCUGGAUCUCGCGGGUUAUCUCCGCCUAACUCGGACAUCGAUCGCAAAAUCUCCACUCGCGGGAGUAGUCCUGGCCAAGACGGAUCGUUGACACCAACCAACGCAGAGACGCGAGCCUUGCCAAACCACGUUCAGAAAAGACCUAGUGCGAUUAACCUACUGAACGGCAAGGAUACUGGCAAAGCUUUCGCCGAGACAGCGACAAGCGCCGCUAAUGUUUUUGGAAAGGUUGAUGCGCCAGUUCAAAGAGGCGGGACCCCCCAGCCAACUACAUCUUUGCUUCCAGAGCGAAAGCCACAGACAAUCUCACAAAAGUACCGAGCUCAUCAUUCAUACACGGGUAAUGAUCCAGCAGUUUUGCGGUUGUUGGACAAUGUCUUUGAGGGAAAUUACCCUACGGACCUGUUUGACCUAGGUCCAUAUGUGAAAGAGCUUGAUACCCGACAACCAAUUCGUACUGCUAGCGAUCAAGAGCCUGACAAGGUGUGGAGGCCGGAAGGAAACUUAGUUGCAACUUUCGGUGAGCACAGCGCGCCAAUCAACCGAGUCGCCGUCGCACCCGAUCACUCUUUCUUCGCUACUGCUUCCGACGACGGUACAGUCAAAAUCUGGGACACCACGCGCCUGGAGCGAAACCUCACACCGCGAUCUCGUCAGACCCACCGUCAUGCGCAAGGCUCCCGAGUAAAGGCGUUGACCUUUGUGGAGAAUACGUACACAUUCAUUAGUGCAGCCACUGACGGCAGUAUUCAUGCUGUCCGGGUUGACUAUCAAAAGAUCAGCCCAACUGCGGUUCGAUAUGGCAAACUCCAGAUCGUCCGCGAAUACCAACUCUCCACUGGCGAGGACGGCACUCCCGAGCAUGCUGUUUGGAUGGAACACUUCCGUGAGGAAGGACAGUCCACUCUGAUCAUAGCCACAAAUAAGUCCCGCAUCAUUGCCUUGGAUAUGAAAACCAUGCUUCCAGUAUACAUACUGGAGAAUCCCGUCCAUCACGGAACUCUGACUACAUUCUGCUGUGAUCGCAGGCACCAUUGGCUACUUGUCGGUACCACUCAUGGAAUCCUUGACCUCUGGGAUCUGCGGUUCCGUGUACGUUUAAAGGCGUGGGGUCUUCCGGGCUGGGGUUCAAUCAACCGAAUUCAACUUCACCCGGUGAAGGCACGUGGGCGCUGGGUUUGCGUAUCCAGCUGUGGCAGCCAUGGCAAUGAGAUCACAGUUUGGGACAUUGAAAAGUUCCGUUGCCGGGAGGUCUACCAGGCGACCCCAAUGGGAGUCGGCAAUAAUGCUUCCGCUGCCGCCCAUCCCUCGCGCACUCCGUCCCAUCCCACUCACAUCGUCCCUAGUGAUUACGAAGCAUGGCGGGUCGACGGCGACCGACCGGAAGGGAUGCUAAGUCGGUUUGCCUCUGGUGGUGCAGAAGGCAGCUCCAGCAACUCUGCCGGUGAUCGACUCGGCAUCUGUGCUUUUGCGGUCGGUCUCAAUGCCCCCGACGAUGACAAAGACUCUAGCACCAAGUGUGGGUACAUCAUAACUGCUGGAUGCGAUCGCAAGAUUCGCUUCUGGGAUUUGGCCCGCCCGGAUCUGUCGUCCAUAGUCAGUGGUUUGGAUAUCGUGUCGGACGGAAGUUCCGGCGGCAAGCCGCACUACGAGCAGUCCCAGCCUAGUCCGAAUCUUCUGGUCACUACAGAGCGACUCCCCAGUUCAUCCACCGGGGGCAACCCACGAGAUGCCAGGAAGGGAGCCAGUCGGCCACCCCGAAGUACGGUGAUCAGUUUACAGCAACAGAUGCUCCUGAAAAGUCAUUUGGACGUGAUUCAAGAUGUGGCAGUAUUGCGUGUGCCAUAUGGCAUGGUUGUCAGUGUUGAUCGGGCUGGCAUGGUCUACAUAUUCUCUUAG